AGGAAUCGUUUCUGCCCUGCCCUCCUUUGUGCCAACACGAGAGCUCGCAGCCAUGGGUAUCGGCCGUGAUAGCCGACACAAGCAUUACAAGACAGGAGGAAGGAGCAAGACCUCCAUCAAGAAGCGCAAGUAUGAGAUGGGCCGCCCAGCCACUCCAUGCAAGCUGGGCGCCAAGCGCGUGCGCCGCGUGCGCUGCCGCGGCGGCAACAUGAAGUACCGCGCGCUGAGGUUGGACGCCGGCAACUAUGCCUGGGGCUCGGAGAACGUGACCAAGAAGGUGAGGAUUUUGGACGUGGUCUAUAACGCCACCAGCAACGAGUUGGUCCGAACGAAGACCUUGCUGAAGAACACCGUCGUUCAGAUCGAUGCCCAUCCGUUCAUGCAGUGGUACCUGAAGAAGUACGGCGUUGAUGUGGGCAAGAAGAAGAAGGGCGCUCAGAAGGAUGAGAAGCAGGAAGAAGAGGUGAAGCGUAGCCGGCAUGUGAUCUUCAAGCAGAAGGCUCGUGCGGCCAAGACAAAGUUGGAUCAUGGAUUGGAGGAGCAGUUCCAAUCUGGCCGCCUUUUGGCGUGCAUUGCCAGCCGCCCGGGUCAAUGUGGCCGUGCCGAUGGCUAUGUCCUGGAGGGCGAGGAGUUGGCCUUCUACAAGAAGAAACUUGAGAAAAAGAAGAAGAAUUGAAUGGGGCAGACAGGACGAAAGGCAGAACACCAA